GACACAAAAGUUUGGACAACUUUUGGUUCAAGUUAAAUAGCGUGUUUCCAAAUAAUUAUAAAUAUAAAAAUGAAAAAUUUACUAUUUAGUGACUCAUAAAUUCACAUUAACAAUGAGUUCAACACCUCACAUCGUUGGUUUAACCAAUAAAAGUAUAUUUUUGGUCGACUUCAAAGAACCUUAUAGUGAAAAGGAACUUCGAGAUGAAAAUACUACAAAUAUACGCAGUAUUAUAUUCAGUCCCAAAGGCACAUCUCUCGCAUACAGAACAGAUAAAAAGGCUGAAAUAGUAAAAUGUGCAGAUUGGAAGGUAGCAGCAAUAAUAGAGGGGAAUAUAAAAGACAUGUUCUUUUCACCUCUGGACAAUUUCUUUAUGGUAUGGGAAAUGUUUAUGAUGACAAAGGAGAACCCACAGGGUAAGCCCAAUCUUCAUGUGUACAAAUCAGCCACUGGUGGCUUGAUAGGCUCCUUCACUCAGAAGAAUCAAAGUGGAUGGGAACCGCAAUGGUCAUCUGAUGAGAAACUCUUUGCUUUACAAGUAAACAAUAGAGUUUUGAUAUAUGAGGAUGCCAAGUUAGACCGUUAUACUCAUAUGAUUAGUGUGGAUAAACUGCAAUCAUUUAGCAUUUCACCAAGUGCUGCACCAUCAUAUUACUUCUCUGUCUUCACUCUUGGUAAGCAAGGGCAACCAUCAUUCUGGCGUGUAUUCAAAUUUCCAAUGCUGGAACUGCAACAAGCAGUAGUAAGCCGGUCUUCAUUCCAAGCAGACAAAGCUUCAUUUAACUGGAACAGACGUGGCACCAAUGUCUUUGUUAUGACUCAGACUGAUGUAGAUAAAACUGGUGGUUCUUAUUAUGGCAAACAAUCAUUAUCAUAUGGUGAUGUAAAAGGCAAUGCAGGGAAUAUGUCAUUUAGCAAAGAAGGUCCAAUACAUGCGGUGUCAUGGAACCCUGGCAACUCUAACGAAUGGGUGGCGGUGUAUGGGCAUGCUCCAGCUAAAGCUACCCUGUUCAAUGCCAAAUGCGAGCCGCUCUUUGAAUUCGGAACAGGUGCUUGGAACGCCAUCUAUUUCCCUCCGGAAGGGCACUGUGUGUUAUUGGGCGGUUUCGGCAAUAUAGCUUCUGGUAGUAUCGAAGUGUGGGAUAUGCGCGGUUACAAGAAACUGGGUGCAUGCACAGCGCCCGAUACCACUAGCCUGCAGUGGGAUCCGCGCGGGGAAACAUUCGUCACUGCCACCACUUACCCAAGAUUAACCGUCGGUAACGGGUACAAGAUUUGGCAUUAUACCGGCGUCCUGAUGCACAAACGCAUGUGUCAAGAAAAGGAGAACCUACUAGCGAUAUCUUGGCGCCCCGGAACAUAUCCGAAGAGUGAAUUGUCAAAAACUGCACCUAAAGGCAUUGAAGAUUCUACGCCGAAACCGAUGGCGGCCUACAGACCGCCCGGUGCUAGAAACAAGCCUUCCACCUUCACCUUCCAUGAACAUGAGAAACCGCAUAAACCCGGGGAGUCUACUGCUGGACCAUCAAAACAAGCUAUCAAACAGAAGGAGAAGCGUGAAGCUCGCAAAGCACGCAAGGCGGAAGAGAAGUCGAAAGGAGACACGUCACCCACGCCGCCCACGGCCUCGUCCCGCGCCCCCUUCAUAUCCACGGGCGAUCCUGAGAAAGACAAGAAGAUUAAAAACCUUAACAAGAAACUGAGUGAUAUAGAGAAAUUGAAACAACAGAAGGCGGCGGGCAAGCAGCUCGAGUUAAACCAACUCGCUAAGAUCGAGAGUGAGGCUAGUCUGUUACAGGAACUGGCACAGCUCCGUUUAUGAUCUCCGAUUAACGAUUGUGUCUUAGAUGAUUCUAUCUUUUCUUAAUUACAUAGGUGCGAUAAAGAGAGAUGUAGGUAUUCCGCGUGCAAGUUUUUGACCACGGGAUGAUUGUUUAGAGCGUUCACCUUUUUUUUCUAUCAAAAGCUGACCUUGUAAAAAAUUAUAUUACUAUAAUUAUCCUAUUACCAAUAGUAUCGAUAGUGAAAAAUAGAUGGUAUCCUGGACCGAUGCUAAUACUGGUGUCAACUGUAAAGUAAACAUUAUUUUUUCACGUGUAAUAUACAGGGUUAUUCGUACACCAGUAAUCUCAGAGGAUUAGAUAGUCGAAAUCAUAUAAAAACAAUUCUAUGAAUUUCGAAAAAAUAAAUUUUACUUUAAUUUACCAUUCUAACGUAUAAACUUUACCACAUCUUGUAUCUAAUAACUUCAAUAUAAAACAAACGUAUAGAUGUCACAACAGUAUAACAAAAAGUUGAAAAGUUAUUUAAUCUUCAAAAUAUUUAUUUUAUUGCUUCGGAAGGCACUGAUCGUGGUGGGUGGGCCCCUUCUCAUGGCCGCUUCUUCUGUGCCCCAGAUGUGUUGACAUUAAGAAUUGCCAAUGAUGAUGAUGAUUGAUUUGUGAUUAAACUCAUAGAUCAAUGACGUCGUUUCUGAUGACAGCUGUCUAGUGUUGCGAAAUAUUUUAAAAGUAACCCUGUAUAUUUAAAAAUAAAUAAGAUUUAAUAGUCUCGCUAUCAAUUGAACGAAGACGGGCAGACUGAUUUGAUCAAUUUUAGUUUGUGAUAUACUUGUAGAACUCCAAUAAAAGUUUAAAAGAUGAGAAAUGGUGAAGAAAUUCGCCAGUUCAGUUAGUAUUUUCCAUAAAUACACACUAUCAUGGAAUGGUGGAAUCUAACGAUGAAGCUUAGUGUUAUAUAUAAUUAAUACUGCCCAUUCGAAUGAUUUUUAGCAACAAUAAUGUUUACUACAGUUAAGUACUUAGUAUCUAUAACAAAACAUGAUAACCAAGAUUUAUUGGUUUUUUACUACUAAAACGUUGAUUUAAACUAUCAGAUUCAUAAUACAUUCUUCGUCCCGCCUUCUCUGUUUUAUUAUAACUUCUACUUUACGUAGAUAAAACCUAGCAUGCUACCCCUUUCUUUUGCAUACAACGGUUGUUUGUUAAAGCGAGAGAACUCAUAAAACUUGAAUAUGAUGAAUGAUAUGAUGAAAGAAAACCGUAUGAAAUAAUCGUGUUAAAUAUCUAAACAACACAACUCUCUAAUUAAAUCUAGCUAAAUAUGAGUGUGAAGAUUUGCCUUUUCGGUGUUUGUAGUGAUAUAAAUUUAAGGAAUUAAUUCAGAUAUCGUUACAAGCUAUGAAUUCUCACCAGGCUGCUUUUACCAGCCAGUAAGAAAUAUAUUUAAAUCCCUGCUGAUGUGCAUAUUAGAACCAAUAAAGGAUUAGGGGUCCUAAAACCUAACCUAACCCUAAAACUUAAAUUUGACAGCUCUAAAAAGUAUUUUUUAAUUAAAGGACAUAUUUUUAUACCUGUUAAAUUUAAGAGAAUUUAGAUUAAAGUGGUGCCAAUGUUGAAUAUUUUGCG